GAGAGCAGGAAGGACGAGGAGCGGAGGAGGGCAGGCCGAAAAUCGAGAGAAACAAACUCCGUCAGUCCAACACGGUGCCGAUUUGCCGAAAGUGAUGGCUUCGUUCGCAGCUCGGGGUUUCCUCAAAGUCCCCGCCGGGAUCAAACUGCCCCUCAGUAACCACGGCGUGAGAUGUCUCAGCACGACGGCUCCUCAGCUGGCGCAGACCAAAAAGACUGUCCAAGACAAGACUGGCAAGAAUGUGGUUCUGGUGGACGCAGUUCGGACACCCUUCCUGCUGUCCGGCACUUCUUAUUCCAAGCUGAUGCCCCACGACCUUGCCAGAGCUUCUCUGCUUGGUCUGCUGCGAAAAACUGGAAUUCCAAAGGAGGAGAUCGACUAUGUAAUUUACGGAACUGUGAUCCAGGAAGUGAAGACGAGCAACAUUGCGCGUGAGGCUGCUCUGAGCGCAGGAUUUUCCGACAAAACUCCUGCCCACACAGUCACCAUGGCCUGCAUCAGUUCAAACCAAGCCAUCACUACUGGUAUCGGCAUGAUUGCUGCUGGCGCCUACGACGUCAUUGUGGCUGGCGGAGUCGAGUUCAUGUCCGACGUGCCCAUCCGCCACUCGAGAAAAAUGCGCAGCCUUUUGUUGAGAGUCAGCAAGGCCAAAACCAUUGGCCAGCGACUCUCCCUGCUCGCCUCCAUCAGACCAGACUUCUUUGCCCCCGAAUUGCCAGCCGUUGCUGAGUUUUCGACAAACGAAUCGAUGGGUCACUCGGCAGAUCGUCUGGCCGCCACCUUCAACGUCAGCCGACAGGAGCAAGACGAGUAUGCCAUGCGCUCUCACCAAAUGGCGCACCGGGCUCAGGAAAGCGGCCACCUGACCGACUUGAUUCCAUUCCAAGUGCCUGGAGUGGCCGAAACUGUGACCAAGGACAAUGGCAUCCGUGUCUCCACUCCGGAACAGAUGGCCAAGCUGAAGCCUGCCUUCAUCAAGCCCCACGGCACCAUCACAGCCGCCAACGCCUCUUUCUUGACUGACGGAGCGUCUGCUUGCCUGCUUAUGACUGAAGCUAAGGCCAAAGCUUUGGGACUGAAACCAAAAGCCUACCUCAGAGACUUUGUUUACGUCUCGCAGGAUCCCAAAGACCAGCUCUUGCUUGGACCCACUUAUGCUACUCCGAAAGUUUUGGCAAAAGCCGGACUAACUGUGAAGGAUAUUGACGUUUGGGAAGUGCACGAAGCUUUUGCUGGUCAAAUUUGUGCUAACUUGAAAGCCAUGGAUUCCGAUUGGUUUGCUAAGACCUACAUGGGACGUAAAGAAAAGGUUGGACUUCCGGAGUUGAGCAAGUGGAAUUUGUGGGGUGGAUCUUUGAGCAUUGGACAUCCGUUUGCUGCCACUGGUGUUCGUCUUGCUAUCCACACUGCCCAUCGAUUAAUCAAGGAGGACGGCCAGUUUGGACUUGUUACUGCCUGUGCUGCUGGAGGACAGGGUGUGGGCAUGAUCAUUGAGAGGUACCCAGGAGCAACAGUUUAAGGAGAUUUUUCUUUCUGAAUGUAAAUAGCUAUUUUCAUAAUAUGAACAAGACUUGAAGCACAGUGGAACAUUGCCAACUGUUUUAAUGCAAAUGAAAAGAAAUGUUAAUCUUCUGUUGAUUAUUAUUAUAUUAUGAGAGUUGUAAUUCAAAUUUCCUUUUUGUGUAGGUUGGUCAUAAUGCAACAUCAGAUUUUUUUUGUUAAUAAAAACAUGUUUCAUUUAAAAUAA